AUGGAGGUGAAAUCUGAAGAGGCUAUCGGCUCUGCGCCGCUGCUGACAGCUCAGCAAAUGAUUGAGCGCUGCAUUGUUCCGGUUAAGGCUGAGUUCCUCAUUCGGAAGGUGCCAUCACAAAAGAAGGAACAGCCCCCAACUACGCCUGCCGACGGCGCGAACGUUGAACCACUGACUAAUAACGGCGCCGGCACCGGUACUGCCGGUGGCGCCGGCAAGCAAAAGCAGGACCGCGCGCAGGAGCAGAGCAGAAACCAAUCACGAAAGCAGAUGCGAAAGGGUGUCCGCGAUGGAGGCCGCCAGGCUGAGCUCUGCACCAACUACGCUCUGGGGCGGUGUACGUGGGGCGACCGCUGCAAGUUUAGCCACGAUCUGGUUGAGUACAUCAAGUCGAAACCUGCUGACCUGCCGGGGAUGUGCCCCUGGACUGCCGUACAGGCCACGUGUCCGUACGGCAUCACAUGUCGUUAUGCAAUGGGUCAUGCGUCAGAGGACGAGCUGCACAAAACGUUGAGGGUGACGUUGAUGGAGUCGGCGUCAACCGCCUCAACGGCGCCACCGUCUGGCAGCGACCCUAAGGACCACGAUGACAACGGUAACAACGGUAACGGGAAUGGCAGCGCAGCAGCACCGGGAGUAGAGGACGCGACGGCCGCUCUUCCGUUAUCGUUAUUACCGUUACCGUUGCCCAGCUCGAUUGAGAAGGAAAUAAAUUAUCUGAGCAAGGACGUCCAGGCGUUGCUCUGGAAAAACCGGUACGACUUCAAUCGUGCUGACGGGAUCCUCAAGUCCAUGUCUCUACGCAUCUCCUUCAAGCACCAACCUAAGCCAACUCGAGAAGAAGUGAGGAACGAGGGCGGCGGCGGCAAGAAGGCUGCCGAAGGAGCUGUCGCCGGCGGCGGCGGUGGCGGCGAUGUGCCCGUAGAGUCGGCCCGGCGGCAGCUCGGAAACAAUGACCCGGAGCUGCCGCCGCCGCCGCAGCAGCAGCAGCAGGAGGAGGGUACUCGUGAACCGGCGGCGGUGCAGGCUGGUGCAGCGCCGCCGCAGGUGGCGGCGGCGGAGGUGGCGGAGGUGGCGGCGCCAGCGAAGGUGAAUGAGGGUGAAGAUGUCAUGAAAAUAGAUGUCGACGCCGCGGUUGCGCCACCGGACGGCGGCGCCGCAGCCGUUACGGCGGCGACAUGCGACACGGAUGGCGGCGCUGACGUCGACGCCGAUGGGCCGGCGGCGAAGCGGCAACGCACUGACGGCGCCGCUAUCAACGAUGCGGCGACGGGCCCCCCGGCAGCGGCGGAACAGCAUCCGCCGGCGGCAGCGAUGACAGCAGCGGCAGUGGUUUCGGAGUCACGUGCUGCCUAUGUGGAGCUGCCUGUACGUCAGUGUGAGCGCCGCCGCUUGGACUUCCGUGGUAAGACCUACCUGGCCCCUCUCACAACGGUGGGCAACCUGCCUUUCAGGCGCGUGUGCAAGUCCCUGGGUGUGGAUGUGACCUGCGGCGAGAUGGCUCUGGCCACCAACCUGCUGCAGGGCCAGGCGGCGGAGUGGGCGCUCCUGAAGCGGCACCCCUGCGAGGACUUGUUCGGAGUGCAGGUGUGCGGCGGCUACCCGGACGCGCUGGCGCGAGUGGGUCAGUUGUUGAACGAGCGGCUGGUGGUCGACUUUGUGGACAUCAACAUGGGGUGUCCGAUUGACCUGGUGGGGGUGUGGGCGGGGGUGGGGGUGUGCGACAAGAACGCCGGGUCGGCACUGCUCCGCCAGCCCCGCCGCAUCGAGCAGAUCCUUCGCGCCACCUCCGCGGCCCUGGGGGAUAUCCCGCUCACCUUCAAGACACGGAAGGGCUUCAAUGACGGGGAAGAUGUGGCCCACACGUUUCUCCCCAAGGCUGCGGGGUGGGGCGCGGCGGCGGUGACGUUGCAUGGUCGUACACGUCAGCAGCGGUACAGCAAGCUCGCUGACUGGGAUUACAUUCAACGCUGCGCUGCGCCUUGCUCCGAAGCGGGUCUUCAACUGAUUGGCAACGGUGACGUGUUCUCGUACCUCGACUGGAACAGACAAAUGGACAGACGCGAAACGGAGGGGGAGGGGGGAGGCUCCCUCGCUUCCAUUAUGAUUGGGAGGGGUGCUCUCAUCAAACCAUGGAUAUUCACAGAGAUUAAGGAGCAGCGUCACUGGGACAUUUCGGCUUCGGAGCGGCUGGAUUUGUACAAGCAGUUUUGUACGGCGGGUUUGGAGCACUGGGGCAGUGACGGCCGUGGGGUUGAGACCACGAGACGGUUCCUGCUGGAGUGGCUGUCAUUCACUUGCAGGUACGUCCCGGUUGGGUUGUUGGAGGUCCUCCCCCAGCACAUGAACCACCGCCCUCCGGCCUUCCGAGGGCGCAGCGAGCUGGAGACGCUGAUGUCCUCUGAAGAGCCCCAGGCGAGUGGUGUUGGUGGGGGGGCCCUGGCGGGGAGAAGGGCUGAUUGGAUCCGGAUCAGUGAGAUGCUUCUGGGUCCACCUCCCGCCCCCAUCACCUCAUUCACUGCCAAGCACAAGAGCAGUUCGUACGCGGGCGCGCCGGGAGCGGCUAGACUGCGACACUCCCUUGGCCAGAAAGAUCCUGCAGAGAAAGCCGCCCUUAAUCUUGGACGGCUCUCCCUGCACACCCUAGGUGGGUGGCUCCACCUGCUGAUGAUGUGGGAGCUGUAG